AUGGCUUCCGCUACUACAAUCACAAUAAUCCAAUUAAAUGCCCCAACACACUUCCCAAUUAAACUCACAACCGUGAAUUUUCCGGUGUGGCGGCGUCAAAUUCAUGCCACACUUGUUGGGUUUAAUCUCUUUGGCUAUGUUGAUGGUACAACCAAUGAACCAACUAAAUUCACUGAUCCUGCUCAAACUUCUGUCAACCCGGCUCAUUUAGCUUGGUAUCGUCAAGACCAAGUUAUUGUCAGUGCUCUACUUGGGAGCUGUACUGACACCAUACAGCCCCUUAUCUCCUCAGCUACGACAGCCCAUGAUGCGUGGCAACGUCUCGUUGCUAGUUACGCCAGUGCCUCACAAGGACGUAUCAUAUCCCUCAAGGCCAAACUCACAAGGAAUCCACGAGGGUCUCGGUCCAUCACCACUUAUCUCAAUGACAUGCGAGCCAUAGCUGAUGAUUUAGCGUUGGCUCAGUGUCCCGUAUCUGACGAAGACCUACUCGUCUAUGUAUUGACUCAGCUAGGCGAGGAUUACAGUUCCAUCACAUCGGCCAUCCGCGUUCGUGAGAAGCCUCUUUCUUUUGGCGAGUUGGCGGCUGUGCUGACUGACCAUGAACGCCAAUUGAAAGAUGCAGAUGCUUUGCGUCAGUCCUUUUUUACUACUGCUAAUGUUACUCAACGCACCUCGUCACCCCCGCGGCGCAACCACCAGUCCAACACCAACCGGAGGGCCCGCAACAAUAACAAUCAUUAUGGCUCUAAUCGGCAACAAGGGGAACACAAUCGCUCAGGUAUCGUCUGUAAGUUUUGUUAUCUUACGGGUCAUGAAACAAGGGUGUGUCGCAAGCUAGCCCGAUUUUUGAAGGAGCAUGAUGUUCCUCCUGUGCAAUCCUAUGUAUCUCCUACAGCCAAUUCGAUGACUGGGGCUUCUCCUCCCUGGAUGUUUGAUAGUGGGGCGUCGCACCAUGUGACACCAAGCCUCGCUCCUCUGCAGACUUUCACCGAGUAUAGUGGAUCGAAUGAAAUACGCCUGGGUGACGGUAAUUCUUUACAAAUAUCCCAUAUUGGUCAGUCUGUCAUUCACACUCCUUCUAAUGUUCAUCGAACAAAUGCAUAUGAAAAAAUUAUCUCAACGCAUAGCUUUGUUCACAAAAUUUGUAAACUCCCUAAGUUUAAUUUGAGAGAAACUACAUCCAAUUACGUCUCACACUAUAAGUCAAUGAUGUUGAGACAAUUGUAA